ACCGCUCAUAAAGAAAUUGUGCACAGGUAUUUACGAAGUCAGCACAUUGUAUUCGGAUAUGUGUUCGACGGAUCUGCGAUGUGCAUACAACCAGUAGUGGGCUGAUGACUGUUUUGCAUUACAGUUAAUUCCUAUUUUUUUGCGAAUGUUAACAGCAUACAGUGUUCGGUUUGCAGUUUGCUCAUAAGCACUCUCAGAAUUUUACCCUGUGUUCCCAGUUUUGGACAUUCGUUUGGCAAUAAUCUGAAAAUGGCGCGAUUACUUAAGGAUUGCUUCUGUUGUUCUUUGAAAACGGCAUGUGUAUACAUCGCUGCAUAUACGAUGAUGAUUGCCUUACUUCUUCUUAUUUUUAAUAUUAACGAUGUGGUAUUAGCUGGCGGAGUGCUUCUGUGGGGAAGGAUUACCAGUUUAGUUUUUGCAGUACUGCUGAUUCUUGCCAGUGUUUGUUUACUGCGCGGAACAGUGCGGGAUCGUGGUGACCUUUUGGCAGUAUGGUUAGUGGUGUUUUUCGUCUACACAAUCUUUUCGCUUGUGACAUUUAUUUGGAACGUGCGGUAUUAUUAUUACGGAUGGUUUCCCGAUUACAUACACACAUCCGUGCUGGCUAAUAUGAUUAUUUUCGGCGUUCUAUUCUUUAUUGACCUAUUCUGCUUGAUGGCGGUGUAUAGCCAUCGACAUCACAUGGGGUUCGAUUCGCUCCCUUAAACUUAUUGUCAACAAUGGACAAUCUUCGGCUACUCGUGCUUCGGAUUCUCUCUGGACAACAAGCAGCUCUCAUUUUCUAAUGCUCUGUGUUUUUUGUGCUACUUCUUUCACAUUCUUUAAAUAAAUUACUCCGAACAGUUCUUGGCUAUAAUUUACAAUAAAUACAAAUACUAAUGCAUAUACGAGUAUAUCUCGUGCAACGGGAAUCUGCGGCAUGUAAUACAAAACUAAUAAAUUAUAAUAACCGUAA